AUGGAGAGUGAAUUAGUAGAAUUUGAAGAGGGUACAAUAGGCAUUGCUCUUAAUUUGGAAUCAACUAAUGUUGGUGUUGUAUUAAUGGGUGAUGGUUUGUUGAUACAAGAAGGGAGUUAUGUAAAAGAAACAGGAAGAAUUGCUCAGAUACCAGUGAGUGAGGCUUAUUUGGGUCGUGUUAUAAACGCGCUGGCUAAACCUAUUGAUGAAAAAAACACGCCUCCAUUUUGCUCCAUCCUUUUGCUCUGUCUCUCAUCGCUCAAAGGGAAAAUUGCCAAGCCUCUACCCUCCAUCGUCCUCUUCUAUCAUCUUGCUCUGUAUGCCCUCCAUCAUCGCCGGAUUUCCAGCCUUUGCAUCUUGAUGAGUCGGAUACAUUGGAGGUACGAGUCGAGAGCAUAUGCUUAUAGCUGCUGAAGCCUUGUAUUCUAAUGUUGAAAAGGGAGUAUUGAAGGUUCAUGUUAAUCACAAGUAUCCUCUGUCUCAAGCAACCCAAUCUCACAUUGCUCUUGAGAGUUGAAAACCAAGGGGUUCAGCUGUGUUGAUCCCAGACAAGGAGUGAUUCCCUUCAUGUUUUUUGUUUUUGAUUUAUUUACUUUUUGUUAUUUUUGUCCAUGUAAUUCUCUUGUGCAUUAAAGUAAAGACUUUCUUAGAAUGUGGUAUGAAUUAUUGGUCCACUAAGGUUUUCAACCUUCUAAUAUAUAUUUUAGUGGUUUGAAUACUUUAUCAUCA